AUAGAAAAGUCAGGCGACGGCUUCAAGUCUACAAGAACACAAUUUUGUCACCAACUUCAAACACCCUAUAAAACCUCCCCUAAAACUCUCCCCUUUUUCCACCGCCACCAUCACCAGCACGACUCUUUCUCUCUGCUUAAGCAUCAAAACACGCACACAAACUUCUUUACAUUCGCAUAACUGACAAGUUUCUUUCUUUCCCUUAACUACAUGAACGUGUAAUGGGCAACCUAUGCACUUGUUUCUCACCCAAAACUCCUGUAAAAACCAAGAAACCCACCAAACGUUUACAGGGUAACUCGCAAACAGCACCCAAUUCAAGCAACAGGUGGACCCGGGUCCGAUCAACUCGAAAAGACACCCAUGAUGCAUUGAUUCACGAACAGGCUUUAGCUGCAGCAAUUCUGUUUCGGCAGCACCAGCAACAAAACGGUUCCGAUUCCGGGUCAUUUCCUUUUGAUCGCUCCAUUUCGUUAAGAUACCCAAAUGGUUCGGGGUCAAAAAAGACUCAGUUGCCUCGGAGCUCUAGUUCUAGAGCCCGGUCACUUACUGACCCAUUAUUGCAGCCUCAUCAGCUUGUUAACCGGGAUAUUAAGCUUGAUGAUCUUGAUACCAACCACUUUGUUCUUGUCCAUGGAGGCGGCUUUGGUGCCUGGUGCUGGUACAAAACUAUAGCACUUCUGGAAGAGGGUGGUUUCAAAGUUACUGCCAUAGACUUAGCUGGCUCUGGGAUUCAUUCUUUUGAUACAAAUGGCGUCACCAGCCUUUCUCAAUAUGUGAAGCCACUUACUGAUUUUCUUGACAAACUUGCUGAUGGGGAGAAGACAAUAUUGGUGGGGCAUGACUUUGGGGGUGCUUGUAUAUCAUAUGCAAUGGAGUUGUUUCCUCAUAAAGUUUCAAAGGCCAUUUAUGUUGCUGCAGCAAUGUUGACUAAUGGACAAAGUACUCUUGAUAUGUUCUCCCAGAAGGCUGUUUCAAGUGAUUUAAUGCAACAGGCACAAAUAUUUGUGUAUGCAAAUGGGAAUAAUCAUCCUCCAACUGCUAUUAAUCUGGACAAGUCACUAUUGAGAGAUUUGUUGUUCAAUCAAAGUCCUGGCAAGGAUGUGGCGUUGGCAUCUGUUUCAAUGAGGCCAAUUCCCUUUGCGCCGGUUUUGGAGAAGCUUACUCUUUCUGACUUCAAGUAUGGAACUGUGAGGAGGUUUUAUAUAGAAACUUCCGAAGAUAAUGCCAUACCUAUUACAUUACAAGAAAGCAUGAUAAACUCUAGCCCCCCAGAAAAAGUAUUUCGUUUAAAAGGUGCUGAUCACUCACCCUUUUUCUCAAAGCCUCAAGCCCUACACAAGUUAUUGGUAGAGAUAUUGAAGAUCCCUUCAACUUGAAACUUGAAAGUUUUUGGGUAUUGUAUAACACUCUCAAAGUUCUCUUCCAUAGAGCUUCAUUCAGAUGGCACGGGAUUGCUAUUCUGGUCGAUCUUCUCUGCCACUCAUUAAAGAAAGGAUUCUGGGUAGCUAUGUACAUGCACAUAGCAUUAGAUAUUGCCAUCAAUGCGUAAUUCCCACAAAAUUUUUCUAGAAUCUAGUGUCAGAGCAGCAUAAUGCAUAUGUUCAUAUCCUCGGUCUCUCUUACUCAUGCAGCAUGCGAGCGCGCGCCUUUCCUCGUGCUCUUUAUGUUUUUCUUAUCCGAUUUUAGAUUUUUUCCCCUCCCAAUAAAAGAAUGUUGAUAUUUAUGUUAGUGAAAUUUUGAAGUUACAGAAUUGGAAAAGAAAACAAGCUGUAACUGAGAUUGUUUCCUUUUAACGUUGGUUUUUGCUAUUCUUAACUGAAUACGAUGAAUUGAAGUCCGGUCCUUCUUUGGGCUUAUUGUGCUA